AUGGCACCAGGAUUAGUCGACCUACCAGCGUCUGAUUAUGUCGUCCAGAAGAAGGACACAUUAGGACUUCCAGAGGCCACCAAAAACCGCCUCGAGAAGGCAGGUAUAGAUCUUUCGAAUGGCUAUCCAUAUCGACCGAACAAGCCGCUGUACCUCCAGGAUGCAUACAAAAUUCAAGGCGAUGAGCGAAAGUAUGACGACGCUGGAGCCAGGGCAGACAAAGAGAAGAAGGCUUUGUUCUCCGCAGCCACCAAGGUCACCAACCUCACUGCGUAUAUCGGCACUGAGAUUGAGGGUCUCCAGCUUAAGGAUUUGACUGACCAACAAAAGGAUGAGCUUGCUCUUCUGAUUGCUGAGCGUAGUGUGGUGUUCUUCCGGAACCAGGAACUGACACCCCAACAACAGAAAGCUCUAGGUGAAUAUUGGGGAGAAGUUGAAGUACACCCACAAGUGCCACAAGUUCCAGGUGUUGAGGGUGUUACCGUGAUCUGGCCCGCUUUACAAGCCACAGAAUACCCUGCUAGCUUUAGAAAGCCAGGAGGAGCCUCUCGCUGGCAUACCGACCUUGUCCACUUGGCCCAACCCGCUGGAUAUACCCACUUGCAUAAUGACACAGUGCCGCCAGUUGGAGGUGACACAUUAUGGGCUAGUGGAUAUGCAGCAUACGAGAAGCUAUCCCCUGAUUUCCGGAAGUUGAUUGAUGGGAAACGCGCAGUGUACAGAUCUGCACACACGUAUCUCGAUCGUGAAAAUCCCACCUCAGGUCCAAAGCACAUUGAGAGAACCCAUCCUUUGGUUCGUGUUCACCCUGCGACGGGCUGGAAAGCACUCUGGGUCAACAGAGCGAUGACUGAUCGAAUCGUUGGACUUGACAAGGCUGAAAGUGAUGUAAUUCUGGGAUAUCUCUAUGAUGUUUAUGAGCACAACGUCGAUAUCCAAGUAAGAUUUCGAUGGACUCCUGGGACCAGCGCUCUGUGGGACAAUCGCAUCACGAUCCACAACGCAUCGUGGGACUAUGGAGGCAACUAUCCCCGUCAUGGAAACCGUGUCACCACUUUGGGAGAGGUACCUUUCUUCGAUCCUAGUGCACCUACACGGCGAGAAGCACUUGGCCAGCUCGGUCCCGAUGAGAAGAAGGUGGAUGGUAUUCUAGUGGAUGCUUAG